GCGGUUCCACGCAAGUUCGUCGAAAUUUGUCAUCCCCCAGAGCCGCGAGGACCGUGAUGCCGCACGACUGGCCUCUUUUAGGUCCGCUGCAGUGGUUCAGCUACGUGCACAAACAGGUGAACGUCAAGCUGGGAAGAGAUGAAGAGCACCGCGGCUGGCUGGUGACGGUGGACCCGGUGUCCGCCAGCUUGGUCUUGGUGAACUUCACGGAGCGGGGGGCGUCGGUGCGGGUGGUGAUGGGUCACGCGGUGGAGGAGGUGGAGGUCCUGCGCGAGGCCGACCCGGAGACCACGGAGCUCCUCUGCACCUACUUUCUCCCUCUGGAAACCCCAAAGCUGGACCCCGAAGACCUGAAGCGGAGGAGAGGGUGUGUCCGCAGGUGGCUGGAGAAGAACCGGCUCCCCGUGGAGGAGAACGGGAACGAGCUGAGGGUGGCGGGGGUCCUGACCAUCACGGCCCCCUACGGCCCAGAGGACUGCUGCAGCUCCAACCAGAUCAUCCUGGACCGCAUCCAGAGACUGAUCCGGACCUACAGAGACCUCCCGCAGACUGAUCCAGACCAUCCCCAGACCCACCGAGACAUCCUGCAGACUGAACCAGAGCCCCUGCAGACCUCCACAGACUGAUCCGGAUCCACUUUUUUUUUUUUUUUUUUUUUAAUUAAUAAAAUGAAGACUUAUAUUUUGUCCUCAGUCCACCUUUUUUGUCACCAUGGAAACAGGAAAUGGCUGCAGCUGCUCACUCUGGUUACCUGGUUUUGGACAUUGCCUGGUUCCAGGUGCCAUCAUAAAAAAAGUCUCUGUAUUCAAAUGAUCAGAUAUGCAUUUCUCUGAGGUAGAAUGAUAAUUUAGUCUGCCUUCACAGAAAAUGAUUGCAGUGCUGUAAUUCAUUUUUGAAUAAAAGCCGACUACUGGGAUGUAUCCCACACCAAGAAUUUUUGUGUAGCAAUAUUAAGUUGCAUAAGAUUAAAUGAGGU